GAUGAGAUCACUGGCAUUGCGGCGUGUGAGGCUGGUUGCAUUCUCGAAAAUUUGGACAGAAAGGCGCGUGAAUUAGAUUUUGUAGUGCCAUUGGAUUUGGGCGCCAAAGCGAGUUGUCACAUUGGUGGCAAUGUUUCUACCAAUGCUGGUGGUUUGCGGGUGGUGCGCUAUGGCAAUCUGCAUGGCAGCGUUUUGGGUUUGGAAGUGGUGCUAGCGAAUGGUGAAGUUCUAGAUUUAAUGUCCGACUUCAAAAAGGACAAUACUGGCUAUCAUUUGAAACAUCUCUUUAUUGGCGCCGAGGGCACUUUGGGUGUGAUAACCAAAGUGUCACUUUUGUGUGCGCCACAGCCGCAAGCACAACAUUUGGCGUUUUUGGGUUUGCCUAAUUUUGAUGCAGUGCUCAAAACCUUUUCGAGCGCCAAACGCCACUUGGGUGAGAUUCUAUCCGCAUGUGAAAUGAUUGAUGCCCCCACCCUGCAGGCUGACUUUGAUCAUUUUGAAUUGAAUACACCAAUCGGAAGUUUUCCAUUUUACAUGCUACUCGAGACUUCCGGCAGCAAUGGUUCACAUGAUUUGGAGAAAAUAAAUCGUUUUGUUGAAUUUGGCAUGGGAAAGGGUGAAAUUAUUGAUGGCACCAUAGCGAGCGAAGCACGUAAAAUGCAGGAAAUCUGGAAGCUACGAGAAAUAGCGCCAAUAGCUUUAGGAAAAGAUGGCUAUUGCUUUUAUUACGAUCUCUCAUUACCGUUACGCGAAUUCUAUAGUAUAGUCGAUGUUUUGAGGGAGCGUGUAGGACCGCUGGCGACACGAGUCACUGGAUUUGGACACUUGGGCGACUCCAAUUUGCACUUGAACGUGUGCUGCACCGAAUACACCCAGGAACUUUAUCACAAAAUAGAACCUUUCAUCUAUGAAUACACUCACAAGCUAAGAGGCAGCAUAAGUGCUGAACAUGGCAUUGGUUUUCUCAAGAAAAACUACUUGAGAUACAGUAAAGCCUCUGAAGCCAUAGCAAUGAUGAGAGAUGUGAAGAAGUUGCUGGACCCCAACGGUAUAUUAAACCCGUAUAAGGUGUUGAACUAAAUGGCGAUUUUAUAUAUAUACACUCGUGGACACAGAAUUAAGUCAUUGGCAUUUUGAUUCCUUGUAUCAUUAUUAAAACGUAUUUUAGAUAAAGAAAAAUGAGACAGUACUUCUCAUUUAUUUUGGCUUAAUUUUAAAAAUAACAUACAAAAAGAGGUA